CACUGCUCGUUGGCCUCGCAGUUUUUCACCGAAAAGGUUUUGUAAAAAACACCGUGCCAAACUGUCAGAGAAGCAGGUAAACUAAAGUCCACCUGGGCGGAUUGGCCGAUGAAAAGCCGGAUUAAACAAACAACGGACACGUUACCAAACAGCUCGGAAAGCCGCUUACAAGCCAGCCGCUUAAAUGUCUCAGCAUUCGAAAAAGGAAGCCACCAGCAGCAGCGGUAGCCAUGCGGCCCAGAGCAAUCGUCACAACAACAGCGUCAGCGGCGGAAACGGCAAUAGCAACAGCAUCAACGGUAGCAGCAACAACAAGAGCCACAAGCGGCAGGCGGCCAACGGCAAUCUGAAGGCGCCACCCCAGACACUCACCAACAUCCACCCCCACAGCCAAAAAUCGCCCGGCAGCAAAGUCAAGCAGACCAGCAGCAGCAUAAGCGGGAGCAGCAUGCAGGAGACCGGCUCCUCCGCCACAUCCUUGCUGGCCGCUGGGGGCAAGGCGAAGAAGAACCAAAAAGACAAGCAGCGCGAGCGGGAGCGCUUGGAGCGCGGCCAGCUAGUCCUCUGGCGUCGUCCCCUGCAGACCACCAAGUACUGCGGCCUCGAGCUGUUCACCUUGCUGCGCACGUGGAGCACCAGAUUGGUGCAACAGCGGUUCCUGCUGGCCACUCUGAUAGUAUUAAGCAUCGUAUUUAGCGUAAUUUACAAGAUAGACGGUCCCCAUCAGUUCGCCAUCGAGUUUGUGCGCCGGAACACCUGGUUCUUUGUCUACUGGUUGGGGCUGGGCGUGCUCUCCUCGGUGGGCUUGGGCACCGGACUGCACACGUUCCUGCUCUAUCUGGGGCCGCACAUAGCCAGUGUCACGCUGGCCGCCUACGAGUGCAAUUCCCUGCGAUUCCCACAGCCACCGUAUCCCGAUGAUAUUAUCUGUCCCGAGGAGCCGUACGACAAGCAUGUGCCGAAUAUCUGGUCCAUCAUGUCCAAGGUGCGCCUGGAGGCCUUCCUCUGGGGAGCGGGCACAGCGCUGGGCGAACUGCCGCCGUACUUUAUGGCCAAGGCGGCUAGGCUAUCCGGCUACGAUCCAGAGGACGCCGAAGAGCUGGCCGAGUUCGAAGCCCUAAACGCGAAGCGUCACCAAAAGAACCUCAGUAUGAUGGACAAGGGCAAGCUGUUCAUGGAGCGCGUGGUGGAGCGCGUCGGAUUCUUUGGCAUCCUGGCCUGUGCAAGCAUUCCCAAUCCCCUGUUCGACCUGGCAGGUAUCACCUGCGGUCACUUUCUGGUGCCAUUCUGGACUUUCUUCGGCGCCACGCUGAUCGGCAAGGCGGUGAUCAAGAUGCACAUCCAGAAGAUCUUCGUGAUCAUCGCGUUCAACGAAACGCUAAUCGAGCGGGCUGUCGAUCUGUUGGCCACGCUGCCAGUGCUUGGCCACAAGCUGCAGGAGCCGUUCAAGUCCUUCCUGAACAACCAGAAGCAGCGUCUGCAUCGCCAGCAGCGAGGAGCUGCCGGUGCGACAGCCGGAGCUGGAGAUUCGGGCAAUUUGUUGUCGCGCUGCUUCGAGACAUUCGUGAUCGGCAUGGUGUGCUACUUUGUGGUGUCCAUCGUUAACUCCUUGGCCCAGAGCUACCACAAGAGGCUUCACAAAAAGCCGGCGAGCCCAGUGGCUGCGACCACGCCCACUCGCCAGUCGACGGGGGCGAGCAAGAAGGCGGGCAAGCAGAAAGCUUUACGGGACUAGAAAAUCAGUGGAUCAGUCUUCUGUUGAUCUUUUCUCCCACCCCUCGGUUUAAAUUAUUUUGUAUAUUGCGGCUUUCGCUCUUAGUCAAAUGAUGUAUGCGAGAGAAAAGAAGAUGAAGAAUUUACCAUGUAGACUAGACUAGGAAAAAAAAACAUAAAUGAAUAUUUAACGCGAGUAGCAGCAUCCUAUUUUAGAAUGUACAACAAACAAUACCUUAGCAAUUUUCCGUGUGAGUAUCGCGUUUAACUAAAGUAACGAAAGUGAGGGAGACGCAGCUAGUCGCGACUAAUGAAAAGCAAAUUGUGCAAAAGACAAACCAGCCAGAGCAAGCAGAGAGCGCUGAAAAACAAGAAUAAAUAAUUAUUUUAAUAAUUAUAAAAGGAAACAUGUAGACAAGUGCUGAAAUAUAAAUGAAUAUGGAUAUAAAAAUUAA